AUGGUUACCGAAGCUGCUAGUAUCUACCCGGCUCUCCAGGACCGCCCUAUUAAAAACACAAUCUGCCUGUUCGAUGUUGAUGAGACGCUGACACCUGCGAGACGGGUCGGCGGAUCCAACCUUGCCAAGCAACAAGAGCAACUUGGAACGGGGGCGACGGACGUGACCUCCCUUUUCGAUUUCUGCUUCCCGGAGAAUGGUUUGAUGGCUUUUCGUCUGGGCAAGCCUCUUGCCAGCACCAGCUUCAUUGAGUGGAUCGGCGAGGAGAAAUACCAGAAGCUGGUGAACUUCAUCCUCAGAUACUUUGCGGACUUGCAGUUGCCCAAGAAGCGUGGUACCUUCAUUGAAUUCCGAAACGGAAUGAUCAAUGUUAGUCCGAUAGGCAGAAAUGCAAGUGUUGAAGAGAGGAACGAAUAUGACAAAGAACACCACAUCAGAACAGAUAUGGUCAACGCGCUGAAGAAGGAGUUCCCUGAUUAUGGCCUCACCUACUCUAUCGGCGGCCAGAUUUCUUUUGACGUCUUCCCCACUGGUUGGGACAAGACCUAUUGCCUGCGGCACGUUGAAGCCGAGAAAGAAAUUUCUGGGGUUGAGUACACAACAAUCCACUUCUUCGGAGAUAAAUGUUUUCCUGGAGGUAAUGACUACGAGAUCUACUCAGACCCGCGGACGAUAGGUCAUUCCGUACAUGGUCCCGAGGAUACCAUGAAGCAGCUUAAGGAAUUGUUCCAGCUAUGA